AUGGCAUCAACAAAAGACAAAGAACAUACAAAAGCAGCACUUGAGAAGAAAUUAAAUAAAAGAAGAGUUCCAGUUCCGAAAUUAACAAUGUCUACGGUUCAUGAUAAUGAUAAAUCUUUACUCAGUGAGGAAGAAGAAAAUGAAAUCAGCGAUAUCGUUAAAAGAAGAAAGAUUAAUCAAGAGCGUUGUAACAAAUCUAGAAAAGAGACAAAUACUUCUAUUAUUGCUGCUUAUGUAAGUGCAUCUAAUAAGCAGCAGUCAUUACAACUCAGUGCUGCUGACAAGAGUGAAGAAUCCAAUAUUUCUGAUAAUGAAGAAGACUCGAGUAAUAAUUUACUAAAAGAAAAACAAAAAGAAUUAGAUGAAUGUUUACAAAAACUUAUGCAUGCUGAAGACAGAGCAAAGUUUUGGGAAGAGCAAUAUAAUACUUUGCAAGAAUCUGGAAAUUACAACCUUACAGAAAAAACCGGAAAAAAUAUUAUUACUAUCCUAGAAACGAUCAGCAAUCGUACUCAUGAUGAUAAUGAUUAUAAUGCAUCUAAAAAUGAAAAAAGUUCUGUUAAAGAACAAACAAUCAACAUAGGAAAUGAU